UCCUUGACCCUAAACCAUAACAAGUACCCGUGUGCGGUUCAUGUUGUUUCGCGAGGCUUCGGAUCAUAUGCAUUUCUAUAAAAAUUCUAGGACAAUUAUAUGUUAGUUACAAUUAUAAAUGUUUAAAAUGUAUUUAUGCAGACGAAUUCCAAAACACUUGCAGAGCAGUUUAAAGAACGUGAAGCACCACAAAAGCACAAUUGCACCUGAACAGGUACAGAGUGAAUCGCCUGUUGUAUCAUCACGACUUAUUGAACAGCUCCAAGGUGUUGUUGGAAAAUCUAAUAUAUCUACAGCUGAGGCAGUUAGAGAACAACAUGGCCAUGAUGAAUCAUAUCACCCUACCUCUCUACCAGACUGUGUCAUAUUUGCUGAAAAUACAGAACAAGUCAGUCACAUAGCUAAACUAUGUAAUAAUAGCAGAACUCCUCUUAUCCCAUUUGGAACUGGUACUGGUCUUGAAGGUGGUAUCAAUGCAAUUAAGGGUGGUGUUUGUUUGGAUUUAAGUAAAAUGGAUAAAAUAUUGUCUGUUAACCAAGAAGAUUUUGAUGCUACAGUUGAAGCUGGUGUAUCUAGACAAACAUUAAAUACCUAUCUUAGAGAUACAGGUUUAUUAUUCCCAAUAGAUCCUGGAGCAGAUGCAUCCUUAUGUGGGAUGUGUGCUACAAGUGCAUCUGGUACUAACGCUGUAAGAUAUGGCACAAUGAGAGAAAAUGUUUUAAAUCUGGAAGUAGUGUUACCUGAUGGUAGAAUCUUUGAUACAGCUGGUAAAGGAAGAAGGACAAAGAAAACUUCUGCAGGGUAUAAUUUAACCAAUCUUUUUGUGGGCUCAGAGGGAACCUUAGGUAUAAUCACAAAAGCAACUUUACGACUCUAUGGAAUACCUGAAUGUACAACCAGUGCUGUGUGUAGUUUUCCAUCUGUACAGAAUGCAGUAGAUACAACUGUUAAUAUCUUACAAUGUGGAAUACAGAUGGCUAGAAUAGAAUUUUUAGAUGAGGUUGCCAUUGAUGCUUUCAAUAAAUAUAGCAAAUAUGACAUGAAUGUAGCACCGUCAUUAUUUAUGGAAUUUGCAGGAAGUGAUGGAACUUUAGACAAACAGGUAGAAGUUGUGAGUGAAAUUGCACAAAUGAAUGGUGGGUCUGACUUCAAGUGGGCCCAGGAAGCUGAAGAGAGAAAUCGUUUAUGGAAAGCUAGACAUGAUAUUGUAUAUGCAUGUAUGGCUCUUCAGCCUGGCUCAAAGCCAUAUUCUACAGAUGUUUGUGUACCAAUAUCUAAUUUACCAGAUGUUAUUAUCAAAUCAAAACAGCUUAUAGAUGAAGCAGGUGUAAUUGGUCCAAUGGUAGGCCAUGUUGGUGAUGGUAAUUUCCAUGUGUUUUUCCCUGUGGAUCAUUCAAAUCAAGAACAAGUACAGAAAAUAAAGGAUGUUGCUAAACAAAUGGCAUUGAUUGCUCAAGAGUUAGAUGGAACAUGUACUGGAGAACAUGGAAUUGGUCUGGGAAAGAUGGAAUUAUUAGAACGAGAAAUAGGAGAAGAAGGUUUAAGUGUUAUGAAACAAGUCAAAUCUGCAUUUGAUCCAAACAACAUCAUGAAUCCUGGCAAAGUGUUUUGUUAAAUUAAUGACACUAUACGUUGAUCCUUGUUUUUCUAAAAAAAAAUUAAAAAUCAAACUUAACGCAGUAUUUAAUUAAAGGAAAAAAAACAGUGUGUGUGCACUGAUAUUAAAAUAGCAAAAUAUAAACUUGUCUGUGAUUUUGAUGUCCGACAUUGUAAUAUAGCUGUCAUAUAAUAAUAUUAUAUUAGAUAUCUUUAGACUUAAUUUAGUUAUUUAGAUUAUACUAGGUAUCAAAAUCAUGUUGAACAGGUGGACAAAUUCUUCUAAAUAACUUUCAAUUACUGAUGUUUAUAUAAAUAUAGGGCAAAUAGGGUAUUUAAUAUAUGAACUGUAAUAUGUUGACAUAUUUCUAUGAUGUUCUACAUGUAGAUAAGAGUAAUCCUGUAUGGGAUUUAGUGUCUUGUCUUUUUCUAUUGAACUUUCAUUCAACACAUAGUAUAUCGUGUCGAAACCAAGCUGAUUUGGACCAUGGAUGAUUCAGACCAUGAUUCGUUCGGACCAAAAGUCAAAACUUAUUCGGACCACUAUAUGGCUGAUUCGAACCACCAUCUGGCUUAUUCGGAUCAUAUGAUAAUAAAUAUGAAUUAGCACUUUUCGCACACAAUAGUGCUUUCUGGAAAUCAUGAACAGAUAUCAAAAUUUUCACUAAGAUAUACUCUUGAUGAAAUCUCUAAAUGGGCAGAUGACUGGGGAUUCAAAAUAUCGGAAGGAAAGACAGUAGCAACAGAAAAAUUGUGUUUAAACUCAAAAGCUGUAAAUCAGAGACAAAGUUCCUUGAAAUGACCAUCAACUCACGGCUAACAUGGAAGCCAUUCAUCAACUCAACCUUCAACCGCACAUCCAAAACCCUGAAUAUGAUGAUUAGACUGCUGAUGGCCAUCAAAUAUAAUAACACCGUACACAGUUUUAGAAUUAUUUAGUGUUAUUUGAUUUCACACUCAUAAAAUGAUUAAAAUAUUAUACACAAAACACUUUUCUUUCCUUAUUGAAAAUUAUCAAAGAUAAUUAUACUGAUAUGCAGCUAUUUUAUGAUUUUAGGUUAUUAUUUGAUAAUACUGGGAAGUAGGCUAUAUGGUAUAGCAUUGGGUUAUUUGCUAGUUUUGGGUGAACUGGGAUAUUGAGAAAUCGUCAUUUGCCUUUGAAGGGCAUUUUUUUUUUAUAUUUUUAAAUAACUUGCCAUUCAAAUAAUGGUCCGAAGGAGCCUUAUCAUGGUCCCAAUGAAAUAAGAAUCUGGUCCGAAAAAGUCAAGAAUAUUGCUCGAAUCGGCCAAGGAUCUGGUCUGAAUUAGGCACAGUUGAAUCAGAGACGGUCCGUAUCGACCGAUUACGAUCAUGUCCUCUUUUAAACAUAUACCAGUUAAAUUAUAUAGACUUUAGUAUCCAAAAAUAAAUUUCUGAGUUUAUCUUGUGUUAUUCAAUAAUAUACUGCAUGGAAAAUGAAUAAGAUUUCUUGCUAACCUUCAUUUGCAUAAUGUGUUAUAUCUCUCCUGUAUUAUAUAUACUAUUGUUGAUUUUAUAUAAUGAUUACAUAUAUAAUCUAUUGUUUAAUGUUUUUAUACCUUUAUUGGAUGAAUGAUUGAUUUUUUGAAUGGUGCAUUUAGUUAUUGCUUAUAUUUCCCCUAGAGAUAACUAGAAUAUGAAAAUAGAAAAACCUGUGACUUUGUAGAGGUUCCUGUAUUUCUAUAUUAAUUCUUUUGGAUGGAAUUUUAUAAAAAAAAAAUUUAAUAAAAAUAUCUCCAAUUUUUCUCAGUUUUAAUCAUCAUUAGAACCUUUUGAACUAGAAGAUGGUCAUCCAUAAUCUAAAUACAUUUUGCUUAAAAAUUUAUUCAGAGUACCUAUUAGGUCAUAAAAUACUGAAAACCUUUGUUUGUUUUUCAUUUUAUAAGCCAAUAUGUUAUGUGAGAUUCUAAUUAUGAUAGCUUUAGAACAAAUAGAUAAAUAUUAUGAAUUUCUUUUUUAGUUAAGAUGAAAUUAGACUGGAUCUGAAUCACUUUUUUUAUGUUCAAAACGUCUUUUGGAAAUGCUGAUAUAAUGAUUAAAUUUAAACAAAUGGAAAAUCAAUGAUAAAAAUCCAAAAAUUGCCUGUGAUAUUUUAGUUCUGUAAGACAUGUUUUACUGCUUUUAAAAUAAGUUAAUGAUGAAAUAUUGAAAAAAGUAAAUUGAUCCAUGGAUGCUAUUUAGUAAUAAUGUUUUGUGCUAUGGAAUGAUAAAUGUAUUUUUUAUAAAUCUCGAGAGUAAUAAAAGAAAAUUAAAAUCAAAA